CUUACCUUCCUCUAAUAUAAAAACGAGUAUGUUAUUGCUAUUGCUCCUGAACCGCUCAUAUAAUGCGCCUUGCGCGAUUGAAGACUCCUCGCAUUUUACUCGCUAUUCUGCACGUGCUGAUGCCGCGGAGGGGAAAGUCUUGCUAUCGGAAGGGAUUGGUGGCGAUCGUCACAAGGCAGUACUAGACCGCGUUCUUGGAGCUCUCGAUGUUCUAGUCGGUGACGCCACACUAGACGAUAUAUUGCUAACUCAGGGCGUCGCAGAAAAGAUUCAGCAUUAUGAUGAAGAAUUCGGAAUUGGCAGUAUGCAAGUUAGUUUAAUAAUUGCCAAACCAAUCAUGAUCACCAACUACACUCCUCCUCGUUCCGACUUUUUACUAACGGUGGCAAUUUAUACACAGAGCUUAUUACUCUAGUAAUAUUGUCAGAGUUUGAGUUUGAGUGCGAACAGUUUCACCUCGACCUCUUCUGUCGUUGUUAGUUUUCUUUGAUUUUCAACUAUUAUCUUUUCUAGAAGACUCACGACGAUGAAGAUAAUGCUCAAGUGAAGCUUAACUGAUCU